AUGUCCUGUACCGUUUGUCGGCUGCCCUUCGUACCAGGGCCUGCAUCCGCUAACCCCAGGCCGAUACCGCCGGGCAUCCUUAACGAAAGACAGUACAGAUAUUUCGCGUACGGGCUCGGGAUAGGAUACCAGAUAAUCGGAGUAGUAAACCCGGUGGAAUAUCUCGAACACAAGCUAGAUUCGAACAUGUUUGCAGUCCGAGCGGGCCUUCCGCUGCUGGAUAUGAUCCAAUGGGAAUCGCAUGGUGGCACCGUAAGUCCGUCUCACAAGUAUCCGCGCGAGACAACCGCUAAGCAGUCGAAGUUCGUCAUAUGUCACACCGUAUGUGGCGCGCUCCUUCGCCGGACGACGCAUGCUGAGGAAGACUCUGUCGACUCCCUGACGGACCUUGUCGAGUUGGAACGCAUCCUUGGGCGACCUCAGGCAGGCUCCCAGGCAGGACGUUUCCGGCAUGUUAAAUAUGAAGACGUUCGCUGUGGUAAACUGAAACGUGUUGAUCUGACGCCAUUCUGGUUGGAUGGGAAUGAGGAGGGCGGUAAUACCUUCGAUUUUCAGUCUCUAAAAGCCAGCAAUCUGGGUUUCAUCCUGAAUCGACCGGAUACCUUUCCGAAAUUCCAUGAAACCGUCAAUCCCGACCGGUUGAGGAGCCUCGACAAUGCAACUGUAACAAAAGAUGUGAUCACUAACUUGCCGACGGACGUCUUGGAGUCACUUGUGAUACGGAUGGAAACCCCGGCUUACGUCCAGUUCGCCUCGAGUUGUCGCCUUCUGAGGCGUCAUGCAGUGACGGCUUGGCAGAGGCACGCACGCUCUCGCGUUCUCGAGCUCGGCUGGGCAGUACCCCUGUCGUCGGAAUACGAGCAGGGGAAAAAGCAAGGCAUCGUUAUGGCGAACGCAAAAGAGUCCCCGGCGGAUGCAGACUGGUUGCUCUAUCUGAGUCACGUUCAUCGUACCCAGAGCAUGAAUGUUCGAGAGUGGAUAUGGGGUCUAUGCCAGGAGAUCAAACGAGCACGCGACGCACUCAGGCCAGACAGCGAAGUAGCUGAAAUCGUUGUUGACGGCGAACGGAGGAAAAGUCCAAGCAGAUUAGGCUUGGAGAAGCAGGUUGGGCCCAUGAGUAGUAUGUUCCAGCAGAUUAAGCAGGCGCAGAACAUGGCAAAGCAACGAUGA